GAAAAGGCUAAGCGUAGUCGAAGACGUAAAAUCCAAAUUGUGUUGGUUGGCGCACGCACUGUUGGCAUUGGCUCUCCAUGUCAUCUAUUGUCACCGCAUGUUCGUACUGUGCCUAUUAUAACAAAGACUUAUGUGUGUCAACCUCUGAUAUUCAAACUGGAGUGAUGAUAAUUCUGUCGUAAAGGGGUAGUGGUAUGGAGAAGACUUAAAAUUCCAACAUCUGUCAUCCACGCACUUUGGGAAGGUGUGCAUUGCCUAUGUGGAUACUCCAAUUGUAUUCUCAGGAAAAGGCAUCUUUAUACCUCAAAAAGUCGUAAUGGAAUUAAAUAACUUGGGACACGCUUUGCUUUUCCCGUUCCACAUCCUCUUCUGCAUUUUAAAAGCAUGCUUGGGGUUGUUGCUCCCGAGCAGACGGAAGGACCUACGUGGGGAGGUGGUGCUGAUCACCGGCGGUGGACGGGGCAUCGGUCGGCAUUUGGGGAAAGAGUUCGCAAAACACGGGGCAAAAAAGGUAAACUAUCACCUGUGCGCUAUUAUGCAUUUGUGCGUCAUUACGCAUAUCAUCAAUAUGAUAAACGCACAAUUAAAAAGCAAUGCACUGCCAAACAGUCAUAUCCACCACUGUAGCAUGCUCACAUCACUUUGUACAGCUUGUUUGUUAUCCUAGUUUAAAAAAAUAGAAUAUGAACAAGAACCCAUUAACAUUUUACCUCAUGUAAAAGUUGGGGAGAAGAAAGGGACAGUUGUUUGGAGAUGUUUUAUCAUUUCUAUUCUGUUUGAUUCAAGCAUAACUUCAGAAUCUAUUCUAUUGUUGUAUAACUUAUAGUAUAACUUCAGUUCAAUUAAAAACUUGAGUCUAUCGGUCACUCUCGGUGUGUUUGUUUUCCAUGUGAAAUGUAAUGGGAAACUACACUAGGCUAGUGGAACGGAGCCUGAACUCCUCUCGCCCCCUAGCUGACCUGGGGGAUGUAUGAUGCAUAGUGUGUUCCCUUCCCCAUUCCUUUUAUUGUAAAGGCACACAAACACAGGUGUUUCCUCAGUCCCUGAUUGUAAAGGCACACAAACACAGGUGUUUCCUCAGUCCCUGUGCUUUACAAUGGGUUGAUGACAGGUUGGGCGGUCGGCUCUGUAGUGCUACAUUGAUAUUUGACUUGCUAACCUCAACUCUAGCCUCUCUGGGGCUCCAGUGGCUGUUCAAGAAAGUUCACUGACAGGGUAGUGGAAGGCACAAUUCGGUUAGGUGAAAAUAUUCCUUUUAUCACCAAAGCAUUUGUCAUUGUAGUAAAAUGAUCUGAUGGUUAUCUCUGUCUGUUCGUGUGUGUGCGUCUGUGUCUGUGUUCGUGUGUCUGUGUGAGAGUCUGGUGAAUGUGCGUGGUCAUCGUGCAUGUGUGUGCGUGCAUGUCUGUCUGCAUUUGUGUGCAUGCGCGAAUGUCUUGCAUGUGUUUGUGUGUGUAGAGGGGGUCUGGCCAGUAGCCAGACAUCCAGGGUUAUCAGUGUGCAGGGGCCCCUCUGGAGAUGGAUAUUAGAUCUUUGUCGCUGGUUUUCACUCCAAAAUUGCAAAUCAAAGAACUUGUGUCUGCUCAAAAUCUCUAGCCAAUGCCUCCUCCAUGAACAAUUCAAGAUAUAGCACUUUGCAAUGCACAGCAAUCUCAAACAGAUGGGAAAGAUGUUAACGUAAUAGAAUAUAACUUCAUACCUUGAACCUACUGUAGGCUACCUGAGCACUGGUUUAAGAAAUGCAUGCAAUGAUCAUAUUAAUCUGCAAAAACAACGUUCUUCUUGCCGCCCAGAAAGCCUAUGUGUUUUUUGUGAUUCCUACAAGAUAACACAAGUCCAAAUAUGUGUUCCCAGUCUCAGGCCAAUAGACUGUUCUUUUUUUACUUUUGACCCCUGUCUGUCUGUUGUCAGGUCAUCCUGUGGGGCCGCACUGAGAGGUGUCUGAAGGAGACCUGCGAGGAGAUCUCUCUCACCACUGGAGCCGAGUGCCACUACUUCCUGUGUGACGUGGCCAAUCGCGAGGAGGUGUACAAGCAGGCCAAGUUGGUCCGAGAGAAGGUACAGUAGAGAUAACCAACAAGAUACUGUAGCCCCACCCAAAUGAACAACCCAGUUCCUAUGUCAUUUAGAUAACAAACACAUGACAGUGUUGAAAAUAGUCUGCACAGUCCAACCAGUCUUUCACAGGGAUAUAUGAUGUAUCAGCUUUAAGAGAUUCUCUGGUACUUUUGUAUACUUUUUAGCCAGUAGUUUUGGAAGUAGUGCUCACAAGACAAAAGUGGCCCCCGAAAAUUGCGUACUACGUCACAUAUGUGCAGAUAUAUGCACCACUUCAUUGCGCUCUCUCUCUCGCUCUGCUGUGUGUGCAUCUUGCUAGCUGUCACUCAAAUGGCGAGGUGCUGAAGCUCAUUGGCUAGAACUCAAAUUUCUAGGGGGCUGGCCAACGUGGGGGAAAAUGUAGGGAAAAUGGCGCAGCACAGCUUCCAAAAAAAACGGUCGCUUUCAAACUAGUAAGAUACAAUUCUGCUUACAGACUUUGAAUGUAUGAACUACACAUUGACACAUCCAGCCCAACGCUGGAGGUUUAAAAAAAUCGUUUGUAGUCACCAAAGUAUGUCUUUAACUUAACAAGGAUUAAGAUAAGACAUAAUUAUCACUCACUUAUCAGUCUUGCAAUUUAAUAUGAAGGGAAACAAGGUAAUAAGUAAUAAAGUAAUAAAACAAAGAGUUAAGCCUUUUACAGAAUAUGUUCAUUUUUGUGUCUUAGGUAGGCGAUGUCACCAUUCUGGUGAAUAACGCAGCAGUGGUUCAUGGGAAGAGUCUGAUGGACAGUGACGAUGAUGCCCUGAUGAAGACUCAACACAUCAACACGCUGGGCCAGUUCUGGGUGAGUGUUGAAAAAUAGAUUUCCUUUAGAUAAGUAUAUGAUACAGGAAAGUACUAAUUCAUUAUGGCUUGUAUUAUGUAUUGAAGCAUUUUAUGAAUUUUGAUUUGUUUCAGUUAUUGGAAAAAUAAGGGUAAUCUUUCAACAUAUGUUGAUACCACAAGGUAUGAAGGGGAUAGGUAAUGUUUUUAGUACUCUAUCUACUACUGGUCUCAAUAUGACUCCCUGUUGAAGUAAGGGUUAAAUUAAAAAAAUUAAGAAAGAAUCAUUAGAUCUGAAAUCAAAUGCUGGUAACUGAGAAUGCUUGCUGACACUGUUAAAAGGAUCUCACAUGAUGUUGGAGUUUGUCUUCUGAUUUGCACCGAUGGGACGUGGAACAGGUUCGGUUCCCCAAUUCUCUCUGAGUGCUGCAACCCCUCUCUGUUAUUCUUGUGAAUUCCAGAAGGUAGGAAGGGAACUCAAUUUGAGAGAAGAGUGAAUGAACAGCUAGGGAAUAGUAGUGAGAGGAGCAGAACAAUGUGCAGACGGUCACGUUUCUCUCACUCUCUCUCUCUCCAGACCACCAAAGCUUUCCUACCCCGCAUUCUGGAGCUUUGCCAUGGCCACGUGGUGUGUAUCAACUCCAUCCUGUCACUGUCCUCCAUCCCGGGGGCCAUAGAUUAUUGCACCUCCAAGGCCUCGUCCUUGGCCUUCAUGGAGAGCCUGACCCUGGGCCUGCUGGACUGCCCCGGGGUGGGCUGCACCACCGUGCUCCCCUUCCAUACCAAUACAGACAUGUUUCAGGGCAUGAGAGUCAGGUGAGUGUGCCCACCAUGGGAUACCAUACAUUGGAACUACCAUACAUUGAAUCUACUAUACAUUGGAACUACCAUUUAUUGAGUCUACCAUACAUGGCACUCUAGUUGUUUUACAAUGGGUCAGCCAGUGUAUAAUAUGUAAGUACUGUCAGCACACAGAAUUGACACAUAGGCUCAGAUAGAGGUUCCAUAGAAAGCAAUGGAUGGAAUGUCUACAUGGAGCAAUCCCAUUCACACAUCAAUGGCAGGAAUAAUUCAUCAAUAUUGUGAAAGAAAUUCACCAAGACACAUUUGACAAUAUGAUUUACAGGGCUAAAUAAAAGUGAAGUGAGAAGGUAAAGUGUGUGAUGUGUUCAUCCCCAGGUUCCCUCAGCUCUUCCCACCGCUGAAUCCUGAGCUGGUGGCCCAGCGGACGGUGGACGCAGUCCGGACCAACACGCCGUUCGUCUACUUACCUUGGACCAUGCACGCUCUCGUUAUCCUCAAG